AUGCUUGGCAAUGCAAACCAGACAGAAAAUUGCUUGGAAUGGGGUGAUUGGGGACCUUGUAUAUGGGUAAAAGGCUCAAAUCCACUAUGGCAACGUUCAUAUUUUGACCAAUUACUUCCAGGGAGGAAGGGCUGUAGAAAUCACAUGUUUUUCAAAUUGCUUCGGGAACGUUGGGGCGAGGCUUUGAAUAAUGUUUUGGAUUAUUUCAAGGAAUUGCUUAUUAAUGAGGAACCUUGUGGAUUUUGCAGGUGAUUAAUAUAUUUGUGAUCUAUGAAUAUCUUGUACUGGUUAUGAAACAGGAUUUGAAAAAAAAUGUAAAUUGACAGGUGAUUAUAGGGUACUAAGGUAGGAAGUAAAGGAAGGAG